AUGGGGUUUGAUUUGGACGCAAUAGAGGAUGAAGACAGUCCAUACCCUGAGGUCAGAGCAUCCGUGUCGAAUGUCGACGACCCAGACAUGCCGGCGAUGACUUUUCGGAUGUGGUUUGUCGGGCUCAUCCUGUGUAUAAGCAGCGGCGCCCUCAACGUCUUUUUCAAUCUCCGAUCACCAGCGCCGACAGUCGUUCCCCUCGCCCUCCUCCUUAUCUCUUAUCCCUUUGGCAAAUUUCUCGCCUUCACCCUCCCAAUUACCGUUUACCAUAUUCCCCUUCCUAAUCUACCCGCGCGCCUCGUACCCGCCUCCACCCCUCUCUUCCUUGCUCGCUUCCUUCGACCGCUCACAUACCCCCACUCCUUCGAAUUCUCCCUCAACCCCGGUCCAUGGAAUAUCAAAGAACACGUCCUGGUCUUUAUCAUGGCCAAUGUGGCUGUCAGCAGUCCAUACGCUCUGAGCGCCAUCGUGGUUUCGGAGAUCUUUUAUGGCUUGAAACUCGGAUAUUGGUUCAGCCUCGUGCUUAUAUUAGCUACGCAGCUGACAGGCUUUGGACUUGCCGGACUGUGUCGCCGAUUCCUGGUUUGGCCUGCCAGUAUGGUGUGGCCGCAGAAUUUGGUUGCGUGCACGCUUCUCAAUACGCUGCAUGCUGAAGACGAGGAUGAUGGUAUUGGGAUUGGAAUUGGAAAUUCGGGCAAGGGUAUGUCGAGGUAUAGGUUCUUUAUUAUUACCUCGGCUGCAAGCUUUUUCUUCUUUUUCCUUCCUGGAUUUCUCUUUGAAGCCCUCUCGGUAUUCUCGUUCGUCUGUUGGGCGGCGCCGAAGAACGUCCCUGUCAAUCAACUCUUCGGCGUGCGCUCUGGUCUUGGGAUGAGCGUAUUGACGUUCGAUUGGACUCAGAUCAGCUGGAUCGGGAGUCCAUUGAUGGUACCCUGGUGGGCUGAAGUUCAUAUCUUCAUCGGCUUCGUGCUCUUCUAUUGGAUAUUGACUCCAGCGUUGUACUACACCAAUUCAUGGAAACUAGCCUACUUCCCAAUCUCUGCAAACGAGCCUUAUGAUCGCUUUGGCAAUGCGUAUAACGUCACCCGCGUUCUUCGCCCUGACGAUACCUUCAACGAGACCGCGUACAAUGAAUAUUCGCCGCUCUAUCUUCCUGCGACUUACGCGAUGACGUAUCUUCUGGCCUUUGCCCUCAGCACAUGUGUCAUUGUCCACACGGUACUGUAUCAUGGACGUACGUUGCUGAAUGGCUUCAAGAAGAUAAGGGUCGAAAACGAUGAUAUCCAUGCCAAGCUCAUGAGGAAUUAUCCAGAGGUACCUGAUUGGUGGUACGCCAGUGCUUUCUGCGUCUUCUUCAGUUUGGCGAUUGUAGCUGUUGAGGUUUGGGACACCAAUGUACCGGUUUGGGCGCUCUUGCUGUCGAUUGCCCUCCCUGUGAUAUACAUCCUGCCUUCUGGGUUUAUCUAUGCGAUGACGGGCCAGGGAAUAACACUGAACAUUCUGGCUCAAAUCAUCCCAGGAACUCUCCUUCCUGGGAAACCUUUUGCAAACAUGAUCUUCAAGGCCUAUUCAGUUCAGACGUUGUCGGAGGCGACGUCCUUCGUUCAAGAUCUCAAGCUUGGCCAUUAUGUCAAAGUCCCACCUCGUGCGACCUUUAUCGUCCAAAUGGUUGCAACAAUUCUCGCCGCCUUUGUCCAAGUCGGAGUUAAGGAAUGGAUCUUUGCCAACGUUCCCGGGAUCUGUGAACCCAAUCAGCCCAGCCAGUUGACGUGUCCGCACAACCAAGUCUUCUUUACUGCAUCUGCCGUUUGGGGUCUAAUCGGCCCAACACGACAGUUUGGGACAGGGUCCAUCUAUCACCCACAUUUGUAUGCGAUCAUCGUAGGCGCUUUCCUCCCGCUGCCAUUCUGGUUCUGGAUGAAGCGAUACCCAUCGUCAUGGGUCCGCUGGGUGAGCACGCCCGUCAUCCUGAAUGGAGUGUCCUACAUUCCACCUGCCACUGGCAUCAACUACUCCUCGUGGUUCGCGGUUGGGUUCCUCUUCCAGUAUAUCAUUCGCAAGAGGAACUUCCCCUGGUGGAGCAAGUUCAAUUACGUGCUUAGUUCCGCGUUGGAUAGUGGCACCAUUCUGUCGGUUAUCUUUAUAUUCUUUACCCUCCAGUUUCCCAAGGGUGGUACAAUUCAAGUCAAGUGGUGGGGAAACCUUGUGCACAUGGCCAGUAUGUCAUGUUUAUCCCAUAUCUCCUUCGUCGUAGUAUUCAACACUUUUCGAUUUUAG